ACCUAUCUUUGUAAAUCUUAAUCGUAUGAUUGCAUUAGGACUCUUUCAUUUUCAAGUAAUACAUUUAAUAAUAGAUUUUAAACAUAUCGUUUUAUUUUGUAGCCUACAAGCUGUCUCAACAGCUGUUCACAAUGCUUUUACCGAAGAUAUGAAGCUGACAAGAUAUGAAGACAAAAGUGACGAUAUGAAUAUUCACAACCUUCCUACGACAUAUGAACAUCUUGAAAGCAACAAGAUGCUUGGGGAUCUUUUGGCUCGUGUCGAACAGCUGGAAGCACGGGAAAAGGCUCGCGAGAAGAUAUAUUUGAAAGAUAUAAAGAAUUUACGACGCCAGCUUGUGAUUCAAACAGGACGUACAACAUCUCUUGAAAGACAAGUUAGACGUUUGAUAGACGGCAGCAUUGGAAAUGACAAGCAAGCUGCUGAAAAACAAGGAAAGACUUCCAAUGUCAAUGCAGGGCGAACUAAUGAAGAACUAACUAAUAGGAAACACCAGCAAAGGAUACGCCGGACAAUGAACGAAACUCCCGUUGCAUUUUUCGCUACACUUAGUCAACAUCUAGAACAUGUCGGAGCACACCAAGCAAUAGCAUUUGAUCACGUUGUAACAAACAUUGGUAACGCUUACAACAGUCAUUUUGGUUCCUUUGUUGCCCCAGUAUCUGGUACGUACGUGUUUUCAGCCACCCUCUUCUGCAAAUAUCACACUAACUACCACGCGCAAUUUGCCAGAAACGGGCAGCCUAUUACAACAAUGUACAUGUACGGAGCUGAGUCAGGCCAUGCCACUACUAGUCAAACGAUUGUCUUAGAACUACAGAAGGGUAAUGACGUAAGCGUUCAGAGCUCCGACGUUGACAGGUCUGUGUUUGGUUACAACUACAGCACGUUUGCUGGAUUUCUGCUUCAGGAGGAUUAUUCUACUUCUACUAUUGUUGGAAAAUAGUACAAAUACCAUGAUGUAUUAUUUUUGAGAGGUUUUGUUCAAUUAAAUGAAUAAACCCAAAGAUUUCAACUCUUUAA